AUGUUUGUGUUACUCAAGCUGACAUUCUCUCUUCCGCUUCGUCCACUACCGCUCGCGCAGGUGCUUCACUCUAAGGCGGAAUGCUUCCCUACUGAUGUAUUUUACAUCCCACAGCAUCGGCAUAUUAUUAGCCCCGUUCAUCUUCGGUGCAAGAGCGCUCGAUCAGUGAGCUAUUAUGCACUCUUUCAAGGGCGGCAGCUUCUAGGAAAACCCGUUGGCUGUCUCUGCACCGCUACCGCCUUUAUCACUGGGCGAUCAUUUAGGGGCCUUAGUUGGUGA